AUACAAGAAUAUAAGAUAUAGGAAUUUAAUAAUAAAUUAAUAAUAAUAAGUCAAAUAUGACGGCGAAACCACGAUGGGAAACGCCCCACUGUUGCUUAGCAACAACAAAAACAUCUCUUGCACCUCCGGUACUGGAGUGGAGCACGGAUCAUGCGUUUGGCAAAUUGAUGUGUUGGUAAAUAAAACGGUUUAAAGGGUGCUGUGACAAUGAACUAUAAGGAGCUGGUGAGAGAGGCCAUAACUCUGCUGGACAUGUACGAGCCAGACAAACAGUGUGUGAACAGCUUCAUGGAGGACUCUAAGAAAAAUCUCGUGAAUCGUCCUUCUGCUGAGCAGAUAUUUAUCACAGACAUAGUUUAUGGCUGUAUAGUGCACCAGAAACUUUUGGAUACCGUGAUCAAUGUCUUUUAUGACCAAGAGGGAAAAUAUUUCCGCAGAUCUCACCGAAACCAAUUUGCUGUCGUUACUUAUCUUGCCAUGUUCCAUCUGGAGGAUCUGGGCUUGGAAGCAUUCAGUACAAUUAUAAAGUCACUGGACCGCUCAAAAAUGCACAAAUUCCUGAGUUUGUUCUUUAACGCUACUAACCUCACCACAUGGAUCCAUGGAGAGUGGUGUCAGCUCUAUGAACCCUCCUACGUAGAGAGCAAGUGGAUAGUUCCAUUACUGAGAUGGCAGACUCAGAUGGAAGAUUUACUAGAAUACCUUGAGAAGAAAACAACCGAGGGCUUCCAGCUAAAAAAAUUCCCCAAGAAGUCGACAGAACCUCAGGAGUUUGAUCUGACCAGGCCAAAACCUCGUCCGCUUCCUGCUCCUGAACUUAUUCCACAGCAGGAGAAAAACAAACCGGUGCCUGCCAGUACCCACAGAGCACCAAAAGAACCACAGGUUUUGGAAGAAAUCAAACAGAAGAACCACCUAAAAGCACAGAAGGUCUUGAAUGAGGCGAACACUCGUUUGUACCGAUGUGCAAACCCAGAGAAGUCCGAAAAAACUAAAAACAUAUUGUCCCAGAUUCAGCAAGCCCGUGAAUCUGAACUCAAGUUUGACUCUGUGUUCUCCUCUGGAAUGCCGUCUACUCUUAAGAAAAACACCUUGCCCACCAGACUGAACACAACAGCGAUUCUUCGGGAGGGAGCGUUAUACAAUCGACAACUGGAAGAGGAGUUGAAUAGGCUUGAGCUUUUGAUGCAGGGAGCCAGUGAGCCCUCAGCAUUCCUGCAGUGGCAAAAGGAGAUGAAGGAGAAGGACUUGCAGGAGGAGCUGGUUCAGCUGGAGUGCAAGAGGCUGGAGGGGAAGAUUAGCUACGAGGAAGCUCUGUUGGCACGACAACGCGUCCUUAAGCUCAAUCAGCACAAAGCACUGAUCAAGAAAGAGGAGACCACAGAGCUGAUGUGCAGAAUGAAGGAGGAAAAGCAGAGAGAGCAGGAAAAACUGAGGCAAAAGAUACUGCAGGAGAAACAGAAACGAGAAAAGCUAGUACUUGAGCAGCUAAACACCAUCACUGCAUGUAGGACUGCAGCAGGACUGGCCACUGCACGAAACCAGGGAGAGAAGGAUAUAAAACAGAAGUUGCAAGAGGCGGUCAGAAACAAAGGUGAAAGACUGGUGGCCCUGCAGAAGAUUCUGGAGAUGGAACAGCAAGAGAGACAGAAGAAUCAAUCUGAAAAAAACAAAUCAAAGUUAAAUGACCAGAUGGCUGCCCAAAAUAGCCAUAAACCGCAGUGGGAAAUGAAGACGGUGGACUGGCUGCAGUUGGAGCAGUCUUUAGAGAAAGUGGUCCAGAGAGAGGCAUCUAGAAGCAAUACUUCAGUUCUGAGCCAAAAAAUUUACAAGUAAUAAACUAACACUUUCAGUGCUUGA